AUGUGUUUCAUGUACUUGUUACCAUUCCACAAAUUCUGCUCCAGCCAUUACCACAAGCCCGUCCUCCUCAAUUUGUACUGGUUUCCCACUCCUUCUCCUUCUCCGUCUCCCACUCCCUCUCCCCCUCCGUCUCCCCCUCCGUCUCCCCCUCCCUCUCCUUCUCCGUCUCCCACUCCCUCUCCUUCUCCCCCUCCCUCUCCUUCUCCGUCUCCCCCUCCCUCUCCUUCUCCGUCUCCCACUCCCUCUCCUUCUCCGUCUCCCCCUCCCUCUCCUUCUCCGUCUCCCACUCCCUCUCCUUCUCCGUCUCCCACUCCCCCUCCCUCUCCUUCUCCGUCUCCCACUCCCUCUCCUUCUCCUUCUCCGUCUCCCCCUCCCUCUCCGUCUCCCACUCCCUCUCCUUCUCCGUCUCCCCCUCCGUCUCCCUCUCCUUCUCCUUCUCCGUCUCCCCCUCCCUCUCCUUCUCCGUCUCCCACUCCCUCUCCUUCUCCGUCUCCGUCUCCCCCUCCCUCUCCUUCUCCGUCUCCCACUCCCUCUCCUUCUCCUUCUCCGUCUCCCACUCCCUCUCCUUCUCCGUCUCCCACUCCCUCUCCUUCUCCUUCUCCGUCUCCCCCUCCCUCUCCUUCUCCGUCUCCCACUCCCUCUCCUUCUCCUUCUCCGUCUCCCCCUCCCUCUCCUUCUCCGUCUCCCCCUCCUCCUUCUCCCCCUCCCUCUCCUUCUCCGUCUCCCCCUCCCUCUCCUUCUCCGUCUCCCCCUCCCUCUCCUUCUCCGUCUCCCCCUCCCUCUCCUUCUCCGUCUCCCCCU